UCCUCUCUUCCUCUUUCCUCUCCGCUCUCCUCUCUCCUUGUCUCCUCGUUUUCUCUUUCCUCUCCUCUCUCCUCGCCUCCUCUCUCCUUGCCUCCUCGUUCCCUCGUUUCCUCUCCUCUCUCCUCGCCUCCUCAGACAGGUGUGGUGCCGCCGCGCUGUGACGUCAGAAAGGUGCCUCCUCUCUCCUCGCCUCCUCUGCAGCCGGGCGAGGACACUUUGCUCACACACCAGUCUCUCCGGAUCUGCUCCUCUUUUCUCUUCUAACCGCCCAAAUGUCGCUCAAAACUCACCGAUCCUUCACUUUUUUGGACUUUUUCUGCGUUUUCGCCACGUAAUCACUUUCUGUUUCACUUCUGGACACGUACUGAACCAAACAACGUGAUUUUAACCGGUUAGUUCCUCGCUGCAUGAUGUCGUCUCGUCGACGGUCGGACCUGUGCCGGAUCUGCGGAGGGGCGCUCCAGGGGAACCAGAGGCGAUGGCUGUUCUCAGGAAACAAGAAGAACCAGAGCCUCACUCCUUCUGGGUCUGUGAAGGGUCAGAGCCAGUCCAACUGCAGCAGCCCCUGGGGCAGCACUUUGUCCCUGGGCUCCUCCGCCUCUCUGCGAUCCCAGUUAUCCUCAAACAUCUCCAAAAGCUUCGACAUCCUCUCCAUCCUCACGCACAUCCUGGGCCGCUCCGUCUCCCGCGGCAACAGCGAGUUCAUUUGCGGGAAGUGCGUCUCCGUCCUCGAGCGCGUUUUCAAAUACGACACCGUGAUCGCCCGAGUCCACGUCCUCUCCUCGGAGCGCCUCCAGAAACUCAUACAGGAACGGGACAAAAUCCGCCAAUGGGUGCGCAACAGUUACACGGAGAAAAACCCGCACGAAAUUCCAAGUCGGGGCAGUACGAGCGAAGAGGAGGGCGAGUCGGAGAAGGACGGAUACAGGGAGAUGCUUCGAGACAACAUGGCGCUUUCAGAGUACGAAUUCUGGUCGGAAAAGUGGGAUACGUGCCCCUUUUUUAUCCGCACGGGGAAAAGGUGUCAGAAAGGCAAAGGCUGCGAAGGAUGCAACGCUUUGAGAGUUUCCGAUUCGGAUUACGAGUCGGUUUGCGGGAUUCCGAGAAAUUUGCCAUUUCAUGCGUUUUCUUCUUUAGCGUUUUCCAGGGAUAAAUCGCGAAGUAUGCCUCUGGACUGGCAGAAAAGCCCGUCCGCCAGCUGCUCUAGUCCUGCGUCUCUGGCUGGGUCCACUCUCUCGCUACCGUCAAGAACUGAGUCGGUACAAUCUCUGGACUCGCUAGACGGGAAAGAUCCGUUUGAUUCACCGCAGUUUGCCGCUGUAAAUCUGCUGCUAAAGGAGAUAAGUGACAGCCACGGGAACGCCCUCGUUUCUCCGGCUGGGAGUCGGAUACCUGUUUUGGACAGAAGAGGAAGAGGAGGAAGAGCUGACGGCAGAGAACACAAAAACCUGGUGAUUAAUCGAGUUUUGGAUUUUGAAAACGGAGAGAAAGAGGAAGAGGAUAUGCUGAUGGAGCUCCGAGAUGAGUUUGUGCCGCUACAUGGACAGAAUGGUGCUGGACGCCCUCAUCAGGUGGUGAAGCUUCUCAGAGCUCAGCUGGACCAGGCCCGGACUCGGAUCAAGACUCUGGAAGACCAGGUCCAAAACCAGGUCCAGGACGGGACUAAACCAGAGGCGCUCAAUGGCUUUGCGGACUGGAACAAUCUGGAUGGUGACUCCGGAGCAGUGCCCCCUCUGCAGGCUCUGGGCCUCUCCCUCCGCAGCAGAGAGCGCCUCCUGCAGGAGAGCAUGGCUGUGAUCCGGAGGCUGUGUGUGGAGGAGGGGAGGGGUCCGGAGCUCUCAGACAAACUCACCGAGAAACUGACCGAGAGUCUGAAGGAAACAACCUCCCAGAACAGAGCUGCUCUGGAUCGACUGGAGCGUGAGGUGAUGGAGGAGAAGCAGAGACUGGAGCAGGAGCUGGAGACUCUGAGGAAAACCUCCAACGACCGAGAGAGAGAUCUGAAUACUCUGCAAACAGUACUACAGGCCAACCAGGACCUUAUACAGGAGCUGCGUGUGUCUCUGGGGGAGAAGGAGCAGCAGCUGGAGGCUCUGCACUCGGAGAGGGAAGUUUACAGGCAGAGAGAGAGGGCCCUGAACGCAGCACUCUGUGACAAAGACUCACUACUGCUGUGUCUCAAACAAGAGCUGGACACCUGCCAGAAAGAUGUACAGGCCCUCUCGGACUCUGUUCUGGCUGACCUUUCGUCUGGGGACAAAAGUGGAGCUCUGGUUUCUCGUCUGAAAGAGAAGCAGGCUGAAAUGGCUGCAGUCAUACAGGAGCGAGAGGAGAACAGCGCCACCAUGUGUCAGGAGGUGACCAAACUGACCUCGGCUGUGCAGCAGUACCAGAGCCUGGUGCAGUCACAGCAGGAGAGCCAGGGUCAGGUGGUGUCCUCUCUGUCCAAUCAGCUGUCAGAUACUCGCGCUCAGCUGAGAGAGAGGGAGAAAGAGAGGAGGGAGCGGGCGAGAGAGUGGGCGAGAGAGCGAGAGGAAGGCGAGAGACAGAAGAGCAGACUGAUGCUGAGUCUGGACAAGAGGGACCGACUCAUCGAGCAAAUCCUCCAGGACGCAGAGGAGCAGGAGCGUCUGUUCAGAGAACUACAACAGAAUCUGCAAAACAAGUUUCCCCCGACCACCGGCAUCAAGUACACACUUUAACCUGGACUAAACCAAAGUGCAUCAAGUACACACUUUAGACUGGACUAAACCAAAGUGCAUCAAGUACACACUUUAACCUGGACUAAACCAAAGUGCAUCAAGUACACACUUUAAC